GUUGAGACUAAAGCGAAGAGACGAUAAAAGAAAAUAACACAAACACUUAACUAUACUCGCCUUUAAAUUGAAGGUGAACCUCUUUAAACCUCCGGUUGAAUGGUUUUGGGUCGGGAGUAUUUGUACACAUGCGCAAUGUGUCGCAAACGCUCAUUUGUUGGCGCCAGCGCCAACUGGACAUCAUUUUAAUUUGAUCUCGGAACCGAGGAGGGUAAGCUGAUCACGGUAGUGCUCCUGUAGAUUUAGCUAGUCUCUUUAUCUCCGUAGUUUCACCUCUACAGUUCUGAAUCAUUCUCAAGUAGCUGGUUUGUUUGCAGACAGAAACUGCAGCAAACAUGUCUAGACGAAGCGUUCGCCUGCAGAGAAGAUGUGAAAAUGCUCCAGGGCAGAGAGGCAGAGUAACCAAGCAAGGCAACAGAAAAAAGGUCCAGCCCCUGUCAAAGCUGCAGUGUGAGAAGAACCAGCUGGUACUUAAAGGUGUCGCCAAGCCGUCCGUCCUCAUCAAGACUGCUGAGAAGAGAGUCGGGGCCGACUGUGAUGAAGCUCCCACUUCCACAGAUUCUUUAGUGCGGCCGUCGCCUCUGCCUCAUCUUGGAUGGGGAUCUCCUGAAGAUGUGUGGGUGAAGAUGGUUGGCCGGGAGCACAAUUACAGACACAGCAAGAGCUUAAUGCAGGAACACCCGUCAAUACAACCCACGAUGAGAUCAAUACUCCUCGACUGGUUAAUUGAGGUGAGCGAGGCCUACACUCUCCACCGGCAGACGUUCUACCUGGCUCAGGACUACUUUGACCGCUUCAUGCUGACGCAGGACAGCAUUGAAAAGGGCAUGCUGCAGCUCAUUGGGAUAACGUGUCUCUUCAUAGCAUCAAAGAUGGAGGAAGCCUGUCCUCCGAAGCUCUCACAGAUGGCCUACGUGACUGCAGGGACCUACUACGAAGAGGAGAUCCUUCAGAUGGAGUUAAUCAUUUUGAAGGCAUUGAGAUGGAACCUUUGUCCCGAAACGGCCGUCUCUUGGCUGAAGCUUUACUUCCAGGUGGCGUCGAUGAGCAGCGACUCUGACCUGCUGGAGCCGCAGUUUCCACAGGACGCUUACGUACAGAUGACACGGCUUUUAGACCUGUGUAUCCUCAACAUAAACUCUCUGGACUUUGAGUAUAGAGUGUUGGCUGCCGCCGUCCUGAGCCAUUUCAUUCAAAGGGAAACGGCUGAGAAAGUGUCAGGUCUGUCGGGAGACGCCGUCCAGCUGUGUGUCGACUGGAUGGCCCCCUUUGUGGAGUCGGCGAACUGGUUCGGCAGAGCGCCGCUGAAGGAUUUUGCGGGAAUAAAGGAAGAAGACAGACACGACAUCCAGACGCACACGCAGUACAUGACCAUGCUGGAUGUCAGUCAAAAGGAGGAUAACAGCCAGUUCCUCACUCCUCCCAACAGCACAGAGAAGACGUGCACACGCUGAACCACAAGAGGAAGACUCUGGUGUGAGCAAAGACACAGGAAGUGAAGGUCCCACGGACGCCGAGCCUUGUGAACUGGAAACAGGGAAGAAAAGAAGACUUUUACUGGAACACUGAGUCUGGAUGGGAGUUUAGUUCACGCCUGCUGAUGUGACAUUUUUUCGCUGACUGCAUUAUUCAAAAUAAUAUUUAAGAGACUUUUAAAUCUCGGCCAAAGCUUUUUUUUUUUUUUUUUUUUUUAGCUGUU